CCCUGCCCUCAAAACACACAAGUUUCGCAAACUUCCACGUGAAAAUGGUGCCUGAAGACGAAAGUGAAGUGUUCGAAAUAACCGAUUUCACAACAGCUUCUGAUUGGGAACGGUUCAUAGCCAGAUUUGAGGAAAUUCUUCAUGAAUGGAAAUUGGUCAACAGAGGGUACCUCCCUCCAGUUAAAAAGGGUGAUUUUGCAUCCUGUAAUUGGGAUGAAAAAUGUGAUGAAUUGCAAUUUGCUGAUUUUAAAUUCAAAGUGACAUACAUGGUGUUGAAGUCUCAUAAUGCCACAACUAAAAAUGCCAAGGAAGUGAAAGAAGAUGAAAAUGAACAAGAAGAUGAAGGAGAAGGAACACCUACCGUUUUCUCAGAUCUGAUGAACAUGGAAAAUGAUUUUCCAUUCCGUGCACAUUGUUUAUCUCGAUGGUAUGGUCUCCAAGAAUUUUUAAUCAUCACCCCAGCUUCCAACACUGAUGCCAUUGACAGUGAAAGCAGGUCAAAAUUACUCUUGAGUUCUGCUUCAGUGGCGUUGAAUAACACUGGCUGCACCAUACCAGUUUAUGUACAAAUUCAGCAAAGAUGGCGGAAGCUGUACUCAGGUACUGCUAUAGUACCCGGAGCAAGUGUGGAGUUCGAGAUGAUUCACUUAAAGAAAACGCCUCCCCAAUAUAAUCAUUUAGCAGGACUUUUAGACGUUUUUAAAUCUAAACUUGGCUGUGUCUAUAUCUCCAUGCCUCCAGUGUCAGUUUCUGUUCGAUUUACAUACAUUUUACAAGAAUGGAUCCAUUGUCCCUGGCCUCAAGAACCGCCCGAUUUUUCUACCAUAUCUGAAUGUGAUGUUGGUUGUACAAAUUUUGGAAACCUGCCUUUUGGGGCGUGUGUGGAUCCCAUCAGUGAAUUGAAUUUAUCGUGUACGUGGCCAAGUUUAUCAGAGGAUAUGAUAGUGGAAAACAAUGUUUAUUCUGAUUUGGAUCCUCUACAAGCACCACAGUGGUCGGUAAAGCUGACAAUGACAGAAGAUGCUCAAUGUCUUUUGGGUGAAUAUCUCAGAGAAUUUUUGAAACUGAGUCAACAUACAGAAACAACUGAUGAACUUUUGGGAAAUGCUUUGGAUGAUUCUGAUAAAGACCAAACUGACAUUAGUCAGGCUUUACAGCGCCUCACAGAGCCAGCCGUGGGCUACAACAUCCCGACCCUCGGCCAUGUUGUUUCUUCAGCUACAACCAAAUUGAAAAUGAAACCCGAGGAAGCACCAAUUCCUGGAGAGGUCUUGAAUGAAAUUCUUCUCUACCUUUUCCCUGAUGCUAAAAAAUCGGAUGAAAAAUCUGAAGGGAAGGACAGAGAGUCUGCCGAGAAGAGUACAAGAAGUUUAAAGUUGAUUGAGGAUCUUGGAAAGCAGCUAAAAUCCUCCCCAGUUGAUGGUUUGAGUCAUCGACUUGCUAUUUGUUUCUGUUUAGUGAACCACAAUCAAGGAGGAUUGAGGGCAGUGGCUCAUCUAUGGCAGGAGUUCGUCCUGGAGAUGAGAUACAGAUGGGAAAACAACUACUACAUCACUGGUGUGGAACAUGGGCAACCCAAUAUGAAGUCUAGCAUUCUUCAUCAAAAGCUUCAAAUGUUGAACUGCUGUAUUGAAAGGAAAAUCAAGCGAGAGAGCUCUAGACCACAAUCUCCUACCUAUCAAAGAAGACCACGGUCCACCAGUCCACAGGCUUUAUCUUCUGGCUCUGGUGACUCCGAGAAUCGUAAAAGAGUUGAGAGUGGUGGAAGCUCCAGUGACGAAGAGUUUUUUGAGUGUGCUGAGAAGGAAGAUGAAGUGGAUGAAGGGAACCAGGAUUCUUCUGCUUCAGAAGCUUUCUCUGACACCACUCCUCAUUCCCACAAACCAGAGGGUCGUCUGGCCCCCAUCAAAGACAUGAAACUCCUGAAUUCCAGAGAACAGAUGUAUAUUCCAAUUACUCAAGAACCUUCUCCAAUGACCGAAGACAUGCUUGAAGAACAUGCUGAAGUCUUGGCCAAGCUUGGAUCCUCAGCUGAAGGUACCCAACUUAGAGCCAGAAUGCAGAGUGCCUGUCUUUUGUCAGAUAUGGAAUCCUUCAAAGCAGCCAAUCCUAACUGCACCUUGGAUGAUUUUGUGCGAUGGUACUCUCCCAGAGAUUACAUCACUGAAGAAGUAGAGAAUGAAAAUGGUGAAAAGGUCAUCAAAGGUCAAUUGAGUUCAAGGAUGAAGAUUCCUGGUAACAUGUGGGUAGAAGUCUGGCAAGGCGCCAAACCAAUUCCUGCUCGCAGACAGCGUCGGUUAUUUGACGACACUAAAGAAGCAGAAAAGGUUCUUCAUUUUCUAGCAGCAAUGAAGCCAGGCCAAGUUGUUCUGCAUCUUAUGCCGAUGUUAGUUCAUGCGGCCAUUUUGAAAGUGAUUGAAAAUGAGGAUCAAGAUACUGAAAAUCUAAAGACUCUUCUGGAUCAAGUGAUUAACAAAGCUGCAAAAGUGACCAGAAGUCCUGUGUUGGACACCAGAAAGUAUGAGGAUUUGGUCCGACUGAUUGAGCUCUCGGAAACUGUGAUCGCAAGGGCUAAGUCGUUAAAGACUAAGUUCACCAUUGAUUUACUGGAUAUGCCGACUGCUGACGAGGAACUUGAAACUUUUGUGAACAGUCUGUUGAAACAGCCGGAAGUAAUGGUUCGAGGUGGUCCAUGUGGACCUGCAGGAUCCAUCAUUCAUAAACUCUUCACUGCUGCACAGCGAGCGUCACACAUGCUCCUGGACGAUGAGGAAGGGGACAUUAAUCUUGAGGAUCUUCAAAAACCGACCAGCUCUGUGCCAGAUUUUCCUCCUCCUUCAGCUAGAGAGUAUAUUUUACGUGCAAUGGUUCCCCGACCGGCUCCGUACUCGAGAGUCUUGCCUCAGAAGAUGUACUGUGUGCUAGUCGAUGACUUUAGAUUGGCGGGAGCUUUUUCUAGUGACACAACCUUUCAGUGAUAUUUUUAAACUUGCAUUUUUAGACACCUUUUAAAUCCUUGCUUCCUGUGAAAAGUGCAAUUAGAUUUUAAGUUCCUUGGACUGCACCUUUGUGGCCAGAAUCAUGGAUGUCUCACAAUUAAGAAACUUUAGUGAAUAGUGCGAGAGCAACCUAUUCCUUAUAUUUUAAUUUGCUUUAUGGUAAUAAUUCUAAUAAGGUAUUUUGAUAAGGGUUUUGUAUUUAAUUUAGAUCUCAUGUUUUUGAUUUGCUGAAAACUCUACAUAUUCAAACCAAUCCCGGAAAAGUAUUGGUAGUUUGGUUUAUGGCUCAAAGAGUUCAGUUGUGCAUAUGAUAGUAUCUUAAAAUAUACUACUGUAGUUUGCUUGUCAUAGGCUAUUUUAUUAACCCCCAAAUUGCCAAAUUUUGCAUUUCUGUAAUAUUAAUGUAUGAUAAACAGGGUUAAGAUUUGUUUGCAUGUUAAUAUGUAAUUGCACUGAAAGAAACAGGGUUAAUUUUCUUUUUUUCAAAUUUAUUUUGUACAAGGAUAGUAAGGGUUCAAUAAUAAUGAAAUAUAAAUAGAAAAGAUUAACGAUACAUGGAGCUUGCUGAUGGCAUCAUCACUAUGUCAUUACGACAUCUAAUACCUUGACACCAUUAGGCACUUUUCUAGUAUCGAACAAAUUCGUGAAUGCAGCUAUUGGAUUGUAAACUAAGGAAUACAGCCAAUCAGAGCCCUAUCUAAGGACAAUAAACACAGCUUAUUUGUUUACAGGCUUUCUGUCCAGUGCUCUGAUUGGCUGUAUUUACCACUGUCUGAGCUAUUCUGUAUUUUUAGGGUCAGAUAUUAAUUUAUUGUUAUGUUUGGAAUAAAUCUCUAAAUAUAUUUGAAUUUUUCUUUUGUUAGCUCUGUACUUUUCAAUCAGGCAUCUGUGGUUCUUGUAAUUCCACUUAAACAAGGUAAGCAUUUUAUGACGUCACUUUUUACAUAAUAUUAAAAGAAGGUAACGCUUGAUGCUUAAUUUUAGUUGAAUUUGAGUGGUGUCCUUCGUACACAUAAAAAGUUUAUAAAAUUUCAUAUCAAUCCCUUUAAGUAUCUGUGUGGAACAAUGCAUUUAAAAAAGACACUUUUUUAGUCUAUAUUUUAUUGUGAAUAGUGAUACAGUACAUAUAUACAAUUAAAAAUAUAAAUUUCAGUUUAAGUGCAAGCCAGCUUUAAACUCACUAAACUAAAUAGAAUUUUUCCUUUUAAGCAGAAAACUUAGAUGGAAUUCCAUGCUGCAUAAUGAAGUCAUCUGAUUUGGUUGAUAAACUCCUAAGCUGCAAAAUAAAGCCAUUUGAUUGGGUAAUAAAACUGAAUGAGAACCAUCCAAUCAGGUGAAUGUAUUAAGACCCUCUUGAUUAAGCUUUUAUGAAAUUGGUAUAAAUUAAAAGUAAAUUUUGAAAUGAGACUAUAAAAUAAAAUAUUAGCACUGAAUCUAACUAAAAAUUGGGUCUAAAACUAUGUUGCACACAAUAAUUUCUUUGGUUCGUACUAAAAAUAAAUCAAAUUUUAUAAGUAUCCUGAAAGCGAUUCCUACGAUUAAUAAAUCGGUACCAAACCAUUGUUUCUUGAAAGAUUAUGAUUACAAGAAAUAGUUUUAAAUCAUGGGAUUCAGUUGAUUUACCAGCUGAUUAGCCGACAUUAUAGCUAUCCUUUACAUUUUUCUAAAUAAAAAUCUGACAUCUGGCUUGUCUACAAUUCAUUAUAACACACUGGAGGUGACAUGUCCUUAAAUAGAUAUCAUUGAUCAGGCCAAAGAAUACACAUGCAGACAUGUAUUUAUUUUAUUUGUACAUUAACUAAAUGCCAGAUUUUUGUUUGAGAGAUUAGAUCGUGUCUGUUAAAUUAAAAAUAUUGAUC